CCAGACAAAUCAUACAAUGUCUUCCAAGUACUUGCUAGUUUUGCUCCUGGGAGCGGUGCUUUUCGCAGCCGCCGUCCUCUCCGAUGGCCACAACCCUUUCGAAAAAGAGAAGCCACCGAAAGGGCACAAACCACCCCACAAGCACCACCACCGAGGACUCGCACAAGCCAUUCCCCAAACACAAGCCCCCCACACCACCACCACCACCACCCUCACGAGCACAUUCUCAUCGAGGAGGUCGACAUAGAAGACUCCCACAAAAAGCCAAGCCUUUCCCCGAGCACAAACCCCCGAAGAAAGGGGAUAAGCCGCCACCGAAGCACAAGCCACCCCACGAGGGACACAUUCUCGUAGAGGAGGUGGAAGACGACUCAAAGAAGCCGUUCCCUGAGCACAAGCCCCCGAAGAAGGGAAAGGGAGAGAAGCCGCCACCAGAGCACAAGGAGGAGCCGAAGAAGGGAAAGGGAGAGAAGCCGCCACCAGAGCACAAUCCGCCACAUGAGGGACACAUUCUCGUAGAGGAGGUUGAAGAGGACUCGAAGAAGCCGUUCCCUGAGCACAAGCCACCCAAGAAAGGCGAGGAGCCGAAGAAGGGCAAGGGAGAGAAGCCGCCACCAAAGCACAAGCCGCGUCACGAGGGACACAUUCUCGUAGAGGAGGUGGAAGAGGACUCGAAGAAGCCGUUCCCUGAGCACAAGCCGCCCAAGAAAGGCGAGGAGCCGAAGAAGGGCAAGGGAGAGAAGCCACCACCAAAGCACAAGCCGCCACACGAGGGACACAUUCUCGUAGAAGAGGUGGAAGAGGACUCGAAGAAGCCGUUCCCUGAGCACAAGCCGCCGAAGAAAGGCGAGGAGCCCAGGAAGGGCAAGGGAGAGAAGCCGCCGCACCACAAGCCACCGCACAAGCCUCCUACUGAGAACUGAGUGGGCGUUCUUCCAUGAAUGUACACGUCACGUGCCUGUCGCGCGUUCAAAUAAGAGCUGUUCCUUAGAGUUUCUGAGGUCCCA